GUAGUGAUGUGAAAACCCCUCAUGAAGUUAUUAAUUUGAACGCGUGGUGGCGGUGCAGGCUAAGAGAGUGAAUAAAAGCUCUGCAGAUUCAGUGGACUCCAUUUUACCCAGAAGCCAGGUAAAAAUACAGAAUAUAGUUAGAGCUAAAGCUAAGAUAGACGUGUUCAGGAAGGCAGUCGUCGCCAGACAAGUUAUAAGAACAAAUUUAAAAAUCUAUAGCAAAAACAUUUCGGAGGGUCGUCGCCGGAUGUGGUGAUUGGGAGCUGAAGAGGAUUUUUCCUAUGGAAUCAGACAGAACAAUAGAGAUGGUGCAUACAAAAGCACAGCGCAAGAAAAGGCAAGUGGCGAUCUUCAUUUUAUUGAUGCUUCUGUGGGAAGUGGGUUCAGAAUCGAUUCAGUAUUCAGUACUGGAGGAGACAGAAAGUGGCACUUUUGUAGCCAACUUGACAAAGGACCUGGGACUUGCGGUGGGAGAGCUGGCCGCACGGGGCGCCAGGGUUGUUUUCAAGGGGAACAGACAGCAUUUGCAGCUUGACCCACAGACCCAUGAUUUGCUGCUAAAUGAAAAACUGGACAGGGAGGAGCUGUGCGGCUCCACUGAGCCGUGUGUGCUUCCUUUCCAAGUGUUACUGGAAAAUCCUUUGCAGUUUUUUCAGGCUGCCUUGCGAGUCAGAGAUAUAAAUGACCAUGCCCCAGAGUUCCCUUCUAGAGAAAUGAUCCUGAAAAUAUCAGAAGUUACUACGCCAGGAAAGAUAUUUCCUUUAAAAAUGGCAAACGAUUUAGACGUUGGCAGCAACAGCCUUCAGAGCUACACAAUCAGCUCCAAUCCUCACUUCCACGUUCUCACCCGCAAUCGCAGCGACGGCAGGAAGUUCCCAGAGCUGGUGCUGGACAAGGCUUUGGACCGCGAGGAGCAGCCUCAACUCAGGCUAACGCUCACCGCGCUGGAUGGCGGGUCUCCGCCCAGAUCAGGAACCUCACAGAUUCAGAUCCAGGUUUUGGACAGCAAUGACAACGCCCCUGAGUUUGUUCAGGAGCUCUAUGAGGCUCAAGUCCCUGAGAACAGCCCCCUUGACUCUCUGGUUAUUACCGUCUCAGCCAGAGAUUUAGAUGCAGGAUCGUUUGGGGAGGUAUCCUAUGCCCUAUUUCAAGUCGAUGACGUUAACCAACCCUUCGAAAUAAACACAAUCACAGGAGAAAUUCGACUGAGAAAGGCUUUGGAUUAUGAGGAAUUUCAGUCUUAUCACGUGGAUGUUGAGGCCACAGAUGGUGGGGGCCUAACAGGAAAAUGCUCUUUAGUCCUCAAGGUCCUGGACGUGAAUGACAACGCCCCUGAACUGACCAUGUCAUCACUCAUCAGCACCAUCCCUGAAAACUUGCCAGAGAUCAUAGUGGCAGUUUUCAGUGUUUCAGAUGCAGAUUCUGGACAUAACCAACAGGUUAUUUGUUCUAUAGAUAACAAUCUCCCCUUUAUUCUAAGACCUUCCGUGGAGAAUUUUUACACUCUGGAAACGGAAGGCGUCCUGGACAGAGAAAGCAGAGCUGAGUACAACAUUACCAUCACAGUCACUGACCUGGGGACACCUAGACUGAAAACUCAACACAGCAUAACGGUGCUGGUCUCCGACGUCAAUGACAACGCCCCGGCCUUCACCCAAACCUCCUAUGCUCUGUUCGUGAACGAGAACAACAGCCCCGCCCUGCACAUAGGCAGCGUCAGCGCCACAGACAGAGACUCAGGCACCAACGCCCAGGUCACCUACUCACUGCUGCCGCCCCAGGACCCACACCUGCCCCUCGCCUCCCUGGUCUCCAUCAACGCGGACAACGGGCACCUGUUCGCCCUCAGGUCGCUGGACUACGAGGCCCUGCAGGCGUUCGAGUUCCGCGUGGGCGCCACAGACCGAGGCUCCCCUGCGCUGAGCAGCGAGGCGCUGGUGCGCGUGGUGGUGGUGGACGACAACGACAACUCGCCCUUCGUGCUGUACCCGCUGCAGAACAGCUCUGCGCCCUGCACCGAGCUGGCGCCCAGGGCGGCCGAGGCCGGCUACCUGGUGACCAAGGUGGUGGCGGUGGACGGAGACUCGGGCCAGAACGCCUGGCUGUCGUUCCAGCUGCUCAAGGCCACGGAGCCCGGGCUGUUCAGCGUGUGGGCGCACAAUGGCGAGGUGCGCACCGCCAGGCCGCUGAGCGAGCGCGACGCGGCCAAGCACAGGCUGGUGGUGCUGGUGAAGGACAAUGGCGAGCCUCCGCUGUCUGCCACCGUCACGCUGCACGUGCUCCUGGUGGAUGGCUUCUCCCAGCCCUACCUGCCGCUCCCAGAAGCGGCCCCGGACCAGGCCCAGGCCGACUCGCUCACCGUCUACUUGGUCAUCGCCUUGGCCUCUGUGUCCUCGCUCUUCCUCUUCUCGGUGCUGCUGUUCGUGGCGGUGCGGCUGUGCAGGAGGAACAGGGCGGCCUCGGGGGGUCGCCGCUCGGUGCCUGAGGGCCACUUUCCUGGCCACCUGGUGGACGUCAGCGGCACGGGGACCCUGUCCCAGAGCUACCAGUAUGAGGUGUGUCUAACUGGAGGCUCAGGGACCAGCGAGUUCAAGUUUCUGAAGCCGAUUAUCCCCAACUUCGCUCCUCAGGGAACUGGGAGGGAAAUGGAGGAAAGCUCCACGUUUCGGAAUAGCUUCCCAUUCAGUUAAGUACUGGAUUACUCUAUUAUUCUAAACCCUACUUAUUAAGUUUGGAAAUCUCUUUUAACUUAAAGGUACAUGUUAUUGAUGGUCUAUUUCUUGCUUAAUUUACCUCUGUUCUUUAGGUUGAAUCUUUUUCAAAAGAUACUAGCAAUGCACAGUAUUUUCUCUAUUCAAGCUUAGUAGUUUUUUGUUAUUUCUCUGGACUGUAUUUGAUAAUUUGAGUAAAAAGUAAAAUUUUAGUUGCAUAAUUAAAAUACUUUUAAUUAAAUCACCUAUCCUUUUUACAAAAACAUAUUUCAAAGCCUUUAAGUAAAAUUGUAUUUCCAACUAUUGGGGACAGUUUUUCACUAUUGCUAUGUAGGACUAUACAAAAAUGUGAGUAUUUGUUUGUAUUUCAUCUUCCAAUGUAAGUCUCAUUUUGGGCUAACUCCUAAGAGUGUAAUACUUACGAUAAACACUAAGGAUGGCUAAAUGCUAAGAUAUCCAUUCAUACUUAUGUGCAUUUCAAAUAUAUCAUAAUAGUCAAUACAUAUUUUCUAUGCACAUAGACUUUACUAGUGUCCACACAUUAAAUUAGAGUUUGUGAACCUCAUGUAAGUACAUGAUGGUCUGUUUUUAAAAACAUUGAGCCAAUUAUAAUAUAAAUGCUUAAUAAAUACUUGCUGAAUGUUACCAA